AUGUUUCUACGGCAGCCAGGAAUGGACAAACCACACUCUGCCUACAGAGGCAGCGUGAGACCCUUCGUCAACUUCAACGCCAAGCAGGAUGCUGAAGUUCUGCGUAGAGCCAUAAGGGGAAUCGGAAGGUGGGUGCAGCUCGUACUUCACGCGUCCUGCGACGCCCGCUGCACCUCUGUUGCAGGUACGGACGAAGACGCCGUCCUCAUGCUUCUGUCGGCGCGCAGCAACCGCCAACGCCAGGAAAUCAAGGCAGAGUUCAAAAAGGCGUACGGAAAGGACUUGGUGAGCGCCCUGAAAUCGGAGCUCGGUGGGCUGUUUGAGAAUCUGAUCGUGGCGCUGAUGACCCCGCCUUCCUCAUAUGACGCUUCUCAGCUGCACAAAGCUCUCAAGGGCGCCGGGACUGAGGACGACGUGUUGAUUGAGAUCCUGGCCUCCAGGACCGGCGAACAGAUUAAAGAGAUCGUCAAAGUGUACAAGAAAGAGUUGAACGGAAAGCUGGAGAAGGACAUCUGCGGCGACACCUCAGGUCACUAUCAGAGACUGCUGGUGAUCCUCCUGCAGGGGAGCAGGGAGGUUGGAGUAGAAGAGGAGAAGAUAGAGGAAGACGCUAAGGAGCUGUAUGCCGCCGGUGAGGGCAAGUUUGGCACCGAUGAGGAAAAAUUCAUCACAAUUCUUGGCAACCGGAGCGCGGAGCAUCUCGCGAAAGUGUUCGAUGCCUACAAGGAGCUCUCUGGCUCCGACAUAGAGGACAGCAUUGAAGGAGAGACCACGGGCAAUUUGGAGAACCUUCUGCUGGCUGUGGUGAAAUGUGCCCGCAGUGUCCCACAGUUCUUCGCUGAAGGCCUGUAUAAAUCAAUGAGGCGCGCUGGGACCGACGACGACACCCUCAUGAGGAUCAUGGUGUCCAGGAGUGAGGUGGACAUGUUGGACAUCAGAGCCAGCUUCAAGAGGACCUACGGAGCGUCUCUGUACAACACGAUCCAGGAGGACACAGCUGGAGACUACCAGAAGGCUUUGCUCUACCUCUGUGGGGGGAAUGAUUAGUGUCCCUUCGGGAUGAUGAGUCACCGGUGUUGUUGGAUUGGAUCGACAGCUCCGAUGAAAAACAAGACCGUGACCAUGCUACAGUUGCAUAUGUGCAGGGGAAAAACAUGCGACAUUGUGCAUACGAAGCCUCGUAUAUGCAUUAGAUAAAAUAAUGAAAAAGAGUAUAUCAACACGUUAAAGAGUGCAUCUAAGAAAAACUAAAACACUAAUUGAUGUAAUUUCAUCGAUGAUGACGUCAAGGGCAUCCAUCGUCAUCUCUUAGCAGGGUUGAAAGUUAAAAGCAUCCCAUAAUUCCUCGACCAGUCCAAUGCUAUAUUUCAGGCCCAAUUGAUUCAUUCUGGCAACGCAGAGCAUGCUGCUACGUGAGAUGAGGUUAUUGAUCGGGAGCUGUUGAUUCUUCCUGACUUUAGCGUUUUAUUGAUUGGAUUUGUGUGAAUAACUCGUCUGUCCUACUUUGCAGUCUGAAUGCAAGUUAAACUUCAAAGAUAUUUGCUUUUUUUCUCACACGUGUAUUUGAAACGACAACAAAUCGGAUUUAAGGUGCAGUUUUGGAUCUAUUGAGGACGACGGUGGUAGAAAUGUUUGAAUGAGUGAUAUUUUGGUUUAUUUUUAAACAAUGCUACUGUUUUCAUGUUAGCAGUCGUCUGUAGUGAUCACAGCAUGUAUUGAAAUAAAACUAAGAAAAAAACACAGGGCUGCUGAAUUAUUAAACCCUGUGUGUCUCCCUCUUUCAUUCAUUACAAACGAACAGCUUACAUGAAUUACAAUGCGCCUGUUAGGGAUCAAUACGUA